UUUGACAAUUUUUGUAAACAAUUAUUUACUUUUUUAUUUAAGGCCUAAAAUGUUGAAAAACUAGUUUAAUUUUAUACAAUUCGAAGAAGUUGUGAAAAAAGUUAACUUUAUACAAUUUAUUUUAAAUAUGCACAGAUUUUAAACUGGUGUAAAUGUUUAGUUACUUUGUUCAAUUUUUGUAACUAUUUUAGCAAGAAAAAUGUUGUCCAGGAAGAAUAAGGAUCUGAGAACAAUCAAGGAAGGAGUCGUUGGGAAGUAUGUAAGAAAAGACACUCCUCCCGAAAUGCCAAUUAUUAACGUGUGGACAACAGAACCAAAGCGACGCCAUUCGAACACCAGGUCUGCUCUAAACUCCAACAACACAUUUCCAGCAUCGUCUUCCCAGCAAAACGUACAGACUGUGCAGAAGUUCGGCAAUCAAAAAACCCCAAUCAGUGAUGUCGGUUUAGGGGCUCACGAAGGAAAAUACACACCUAGUGCUUCAGUUCCUGAUUUAGCUACAAGGUUCUCUAAUAUUAACAUUGGUUUAACUCGAGAGAACAACCAACCGGCGACAUUCAACACCACAGGCAUAAACUCCUCCCAACCGAUCUACAGUAACCAACCGUUUAGUAUCGCUUAUCAAGACAAUUCGGCUAGCAAUGCUAACUACGUGGAAAUCGACCAAAUAUACCCACUCAGUCAAGAGAGCAACAGUAAUUACAGGGACUCCCCUUACAACAGGACAAACUCGCCGAUUUACCAAAAUACGAAUAAGACGGACAAUCUGGAUUUGACUCCAAUUUACAGUAAUACCAAUUUUAAACAGUACGGGAAUUCGAGUCAAACCAUAUCCUACGGUGAAUCAUUUCCCAACCAUUCGAGACAUAGCGUAAACAGAUCCGAAAAUUCGCAGGAACAAUCGGAAGAGUUGCCCUUACCUCCUGGUUGGUCCGUGGAUUAUACACUAAGAGGAAGGAAGUACUACAUUGAUCACAAUACUAAAACGACCCAUUGGUCCCAUCCUUUGGAAAGGGAAGGUCUUCCCACUGGCUGGCAGUGCAUUCAAUCGGAUAUAUACGGAAUUUAUUACGUUAAUCAUAUAACCAGAAGAGCGCAAUACGAGCACCCCUGUUUAGUUCCUUGUUUCAAUUACACCAACGAAUCGUUUCAAAGAUACGUUCCGGUUGGACCUACGCAUUAUCAAACUCAUAGUGUAUUGGUACCAGCCAAUCCGUACUUGUUGGAGGAGAUUCCCCAUUGGCUUAACGUGUACUUUAAUACUAGCCCAAAGUUGGAUCAUAAAUUGAGAUGGGACAUGUUUAAAUUAUCCGAAUUAGAAUGUUACAAUGCCAUGUUAACCAGACUGUACAAGCAAGAAUUGCAAAAUAUUGUUAUGCGAUACGAAUCCUACAGAUCGGCGUUAAUGAUGGAAAUGGAGAAGUUCGGUGUCAAUCGUAAAAACAGAUAGGACUGUGAUGGGAUCACCUCUACUUAUACGAAUCCUGAUUUGUGAUGGCAUUUAAAUAAUUUUAAAGCUGUGAAUCGCUUUCCUUUUCGUCUAUAACUUCUUUAACGGAAAAUCCCUCUACCCUGUAUACUUUGGCGUUGUCAAUUUUUAACAAUUUAGCCCAUUC